AUAGCUGAUGGCUGAUACAAUCUCAUUACCAGAUUUACCUAAGAUCAAAAAACAUAAUGCUGGUGACAUGAAAGAUAUGAUAAGCAACAUGCCUGAUGCCAUUCUUCAUUAUAUUCUUUCUUUACUCUCAACCAAAGAGGCGGUUAGAACUUCAAUAUUAUCACCAAAGUGGAGAUACUUGUGGACUCAAUUAUCUGUCUUUGAAUUUAAAAUUCCUUAUCCUCUUUGAAUUUAAAAAUGAGGACUCAGCUAACUGCCUCUUAGAUCUUGUGGAAAGACUACUACACAAAUCCAAUCACAUAGAAAGGCUUUGCAUUGAAAUACUUAAAAUUACUGUUGAUGUUAACAAAUUUACUACUUUAGUAUCUUCUGCAGCGAAGCACAGUGUGCGUGACCUUCAACUUUCAAUAGAUGAUAAAAAAUAUCUAGAUACGAUAUUUGUGUUACCCAACUGUUUAUCAGCUUUCCCUUCAUUGAAUAAGUUGUUUUUAGAACUUGGGUCCCUUUUGUAUGUUCAUGAUGGAAUUUGUUUCUCUAGUCUGAAGACGUUAAAUCUUUCAGAUGUUAGAUUUGUGGAUGAAAAGUCAGUGCAGCAACUUUUCUCUGGGUGCCCUGUGCUAGAAGAGUUGAUCUUGUAUAAUUUUAUUUGGAAGAACGUAAACGAGAUCGCUAUUGAAAGUUCCACAUUAAGGACAUUGAACAUUCAUUCUAAAUCUUCUUUUUUGGAUUAUGAUCAUUAUGACUGUUGUACAGUUACAAUCAAUGCUCCGAAUAUUUCGUCCUUAACUUGCACAAGCACUCCGACACUAAAAUUUGUCGUGGUUAGUCCGAUCUCCAUAGUUGAUGCAAAUAUUGGUCUUGAGUUUGACUAUCCACAAAGUGAACAAUAUCGUGCUGAGUGUCUAUUUGAGCUAUUGAGUGCACUUAAAGGUGUCAAGUCUCUCACUAUGACAAGUGAUACUUUUCAGUCUCUUUACUUUUCAGCGGAUACUCUCCAUCUCCUUCCUUUGUUCUACAACUUGACACAUCUUUACAUAACUCAUUCGUGGAUUAUGGAUUUCACUCUUGAAGUACUGUUUGACAUUCUACACAAGACUCCUAAAUUGGAAGUUCUUGGUAUUCCUAUGGUAUAUUGCUUACAUUUGGUGGAUGAAGAAGUGACAAUAAACUCAGUGCCCUGUUGUUUCAAAUCUUCUCUCAAAUUUCUUUGGAUUUCAGAUUUUAAUGGAUACAAAUAUGAAGUCCAAAUGAUAAGUCUUUUGGUAGAAAAGUUUACAAUCUCGGAGGAAAUGAAGAUAUCCUUUUCUGGAUUUUUAUCAGAUUGUUUGGAGGAAGAGACUGCUGUCAAGAAUCAAUUGCAAUCUUUAAGUCACGGAAAAUUUGCUAUUGAGUUUAAGUAAAUCCCUUUUGUCUCAUGCUUAUCUAAAAAAAAACUUUAUAUAGUUAGACAACAAGGAUCCUGUUUAUGCAUAAUGUUGGAUAAUCGACUAGAGAGACCAAUGACUAUUGAA